GGCAGUGUAGGCUUGUCUAAUAAGUCUGUCCUGCUGUAUAUCUCUAAAUAUUUGUAUACAGUACCCUGGUCAUGCAUGAGGGGUAAACCUGUACAAUGAAUCUCCUCUCUCUGUCCGUAUUCUUACUCUUUUCUUGCGUGUCUGUAUCCUAUGCUGCCUGUCCAUCACCAUGGAAGGAAUAUAACGACACAUGUUACUUCUUUUCCAACAAUCGUUAUCGUCUGAAUGAUGCAUUGUUUGUUUGUACUUCAAGGAAUGCAUCAAUAUUUGUCCCUGAUGCUCAGGACGAACAUGAUUUUGUGGUGACCCACAUACAGAAGGGUCAGCGUAUCUUAUACUGGAUUGGUUUACGUGUCGUUAAUGCUACCUGGACAUGGCUUGAUGGUUCACCUUACGAUGUCAACAGCACAAAUUGGUACCGUCACCAGGUCGGGAAAACCAAUGAUGCACGAAGUACUUGUGCAGCUCUCUACUCCUACAAACCGUACUUGGGACAGGUUCAACAGCGCAGGUGUACAGACUCCUGGGGUGUGAUCUGUGAGAAACCCAAUGAUGCCAUAGAUGUGUGUAACUCCGGAGACAACUGGCACCUCGUAGGGACAGAGUGCUUCAAACUGUUCGAUCAGAAAGCUAACUGGUUUGAUGCCCGCACAAUGUGUCAGCAAAACGGUGGUGAUUUAUUCAUGCCAACAAACUCUCGAGAAACGUACUCGAUUGGUGACUUAAACCAGUGUCGAACACCAGAUGGAGCUUCGUGGAUAGGAGUGACAGAUACAUUACGACCAGGAACAUUUACCUUAGCAACCAAUCAUACACUCCGUUACCAGGCCUGGUACUCCUAUGGUCGGGAAAUUCU